AUGAUUCGCAAAUUUACCAUGUACAACCUCUCGAGACCGAACUCCUUUUGGCGCAUAGAAAGAGCGUGGUACCGCGUGCGAAAGUUCGUUCUUGCGACGACUCUCGCGCGAGCACACGAGACGCUCUGUGUGACAGGCAAUUCCCUCCGACUAUUUCUCUUCUCAUGGUAUUCCCUCUCGCCUAAGCCGCAGCGUCGGCCGUUUGCGCGCCAAGACCAUUCCCGUGAUCCGGCUCACCACGUCCCGUUUUCCCCCUCCGCCCCUCUCGGCGCACUCGCCUCUCCACACACUCGCCUCUCCACACACUUGCCUCUCCUCGCCCUCAUCUCUCCGCGCCAUCAUCUCUCCGCGCCCUCAUCUCUCCGCGCUCUCAUCUCUCCGCGCCCUCAUCUCUCCGCGCCCUCAUCUCUCCGCGCCCUCAUCUCUCCGCGACCUCAUCUCUCCGCGCCCUCAUCUCUCCGCGCCCUCAUCUCUCCGCACCCUCGCCUCUCUCGUUCGCCUGUCCCCUCUUGCCUCCCUUUCCCCCCUACCCCGUUUCUCCCACCACCUCUCCUCAAUACCUUUCCUCCUUUUCUUCCUCGUUCCUGCUCUACCUUUUCCUCCUUCCCAUCCACCGCGCAUCUCGCCCUCCCUCCCCCUCCCUGCCCCCGACAACACUCCCUCCCAUCCGUGCCCCACAACUCUUCCCUGCCUUACCGCUCUGUGGGACCGCCUCAUGCCUUCCUCCUGCCGCGCUUCUCGGAUGCUUUUUCGCCCCACCACUCUCUAUCUGCCCCUCUCCACCUGCCCAUCCCACGCUGCCUCUUCUUCCCCCCCUGCCUUCCCUUCGUACUUCCCUUCCCCCCCCCCCCCCCCGCUGCUCCUCCCCCUUACCCCCCACUCCUCUCCCCUGCCGUUCUCCCUUCACCUGUCCGUGUCAUGGUGCCGUCUGCAGCAGCACCCUUG